AUGACCGAUCUUCUCUUCCCAUUCAUGGGUAUUCCUAGAUAUGCGACCGAAAAACAUAAAUUAGAAGAUGUUCAACCAUCAGCUGGAACAUCAACAAUGUCAACAAUCUCAGUUCUAUCAACUCCUAUGAAGAACACGAAACAUCUAAAAGAAGCGCUGACCAAAUGCGAAGCAGCAUUCAAGGAUGAAUUUAUCAAGGAAGAUACCAAAGAUCGAGAUUAUGCAACAAGAGUUUCGACACUUCUUGAAACCGACACUUACAAGUUGGUUUGGAAAAUUGAAUUUUGAUUUUGGUUCAAAAAACGAUAGAGAUUUUCAGAUAUGAGAUUAUUGACUAUGUGGAUAGAAUAAACACUCCUAUGAUAGCCCGUGUACAUCCAGUGCCAGAUCAACCGACAAUCACAAAAUAUAUUGCCAAAAUUCAAAGCCGCAAACCAAUCAAUCUUCAGCAAUCUAUGUAUAGCUUGGAGGUGAUGUUCGGUAGAGCACAUUUGAUAUUAUUGUGUUUUUUUCAGAAAGAAUUCAAGUUUCUAUCAGCUUUGUCAAAUCAAUCGAAAAUCGAGGCGAAAAAUGUGGCUCGAUUGAUUGAUUGCGGUUUUGACAGCGAUUUUCGAUAUCUGAUUUUUGAGGAAUAUGGAAGUGACUUGCAAACGAUGCACAACAAAUACAAGCCUUUUGGGUAAAUCAUUUUCUUAACUUAUUUUUCUCAACAAAACUUGGAUCAAUUUUUGCAGUCCACCGCUCGCAUUUCUCGUCACCUAUCAUUCAUACCAAGCAAUCAAGGCGAUACAUUCGCUAGGAAUGUUGCAUCGAGAUAUAAAACCGUCAUGUUUCGCGCUCAGCAAACCUUUUUCGUUGAAGAUCAAGGAUUUUUAUCGGACAAAGAUGAAGAUCUCAAAGGGGUAUUUUUUAUUUUUAUUUUUCUGCUUAAACAAAAAAAGUUCAAAAAUUAUUUUUGUUACAGGAAUCCCUUGAGAAUCAAAAAUGUGACAGUUGAUCAAUUUUGUUCUCGAAAAUCGCAUUCGAUUGGAGAAGUGAUUGAUGAGUUUGAUGAUUAUGAAAGUUGGUUGUAUACGGUAAGAACAUCCAUAAUAAAUCAAGACAUAUUUCAAAAUUUGUUAGAUGAUGCACAUGACUUGCAAGGAUCAAUUACUCUGGAGCCCACACGAAUGUUUAGAAGCGAAGGAGAAGUUUCACGAAGCGCCGAAAGAUUAUUUUUGGUUUGGCGCGCCUGAUAUGUUGAUACUUGUUCCCUAUUUGUUGCGAAAAUGCCAGAAAAGUCAUUUGUUCUUUGAGUCGAAAAUUGAGGAACUUUUUUCGAUGGAAGUCAAGGUUUUUGAUGAGCGAGAACAACCGGAAUGGCAUCGUGUCAAAGAUGUGAGCGGUUUGAUCUUUAGCGCUAUCUUCUACAGUAAUAUUGUUGCGUUUAGACUCAAAAUUAUCCUCUCAGGGUCUCUUAGCGAUCUACAGUACUUUAAAGGAACAUGGGCUGUAUUUGCUCAAGUCGCAUUUGCGGAAUUUUGAUCUAUUCGCAAUUUUCUACAGUAACCUUAUCGCGUUUAGAUUUAAAAUGAUUCUACUAGGGUCUUGCAGCGAUCUACAGUACUCUAGUAGCGUGUGUUGAAGGAACAUAAAUUCGCUUACAAGGGAAGUGCAUAGGGUCAGGUGUUGAACUUUUGAUGAAACGUUCGAAAUAUACCAAAUCGACCAUGCUGAUCACGAAUCCGAAGUCAAAAAUUGCCACAAACUCCUGUGAGCACUUUUCUGGAGCUCCGAAGUAAAAAUUGAGUUUUGGUUUUCUCCCAUUUUCACCUUGUUCCUGGGUGGAAAAUCAAUUUUUAUAAGUUGAAUACGGUUGUUCACCACAUUCGAAAACCUAUCAGCUUUUUAGUUUUUCGAAAAAUAUGAAAAACCAGCUGAAAACUGUAAUUUUCAAGAAAUUCCUGAAAAUACACACAAACACACGUAAAUACACACGUUUUUCAAAGUUUUUUGUGCAUUUUUGAAAAUUACAGUUUCAGCUGGUUUUUCAUAUUUUUUGAAAAACUAAAAAGCUGAUAGGUUUUCGAAUGUGGUGAACAACCUUAUUCAACUUAUAAAAAUUGAUUUUCCACUCAGGAACAAGGUGAAAAUGGGCGAAAACCAAAAUUCAAUUCUAACUUUGGAGCUCCAGAAAAGUGCUCAAUUGUGGCAAUUUUUGACUUCGGAAUCGUGAUCAGCAUGGUCGAUUUGGUAUAUUUCAAACGUUUCAUCAAAAGUUCAACACCUGACCCUAUGCACUUCCCUUGUUAGCUCGAGAUACAUUCGCUGAAGUUUGAUCUACACGUCAUUUUCUACAGUAACCCUAUUAUGUUUGGGUUCAAAAUGAUCUUCUUAGGGUCUCGCAGCGAUUUACAGUACUUUAGGGAUACUGUAGCGUUUGUUAAAGGAGAAUAAAUUCGUUUAGCUCGAACUGCAUUUGCGGAAUUUUGAUCUACACGUCAUUUUCUACAGUAAUGUUUGGGCUCAAAAUCUACAGUUCUCUAAAGGGACAUGGGAUUCGAAAUAGGCAUAGACUGUAUCUACCGUAAUUUAGAAACUUCGGUAACUUUUUUUUUUGAAAAAUGUAAAUUUUUGAUUCAAAAAAUAAAAAUUGCUUGGAAAAAUACGUUUCAAAACUUUUGUAUAAUUCAAAAUCCGAACACAAAAAAUGAACUCGUUCAAUUUCAGAACCAGAAGAAAAGUGUGCGAGCAAAACCAAGUGCCCAUAUGUCAAUGCUAAUGUCGGUUGAAGAACGCUCGAUGGUCGUGUCGCCUCACAAACCGAAAACCAAACGAAACAAGCACAAGAAGAAGCUUGUUCUCCAAUUGUAA